UUUAAUCGUAUUUUGUAACGAUUUGUGUUGAGUAACGGCGUUUACAGCUUACAGUUUUGAAAAUUCAUAAGUUCGUGUAAAAAAUGUUUUCCAAAUUUGCUACAAUAAAUUUUUUGCUCGUUUUGGCUUUUGUCUUCUUCAUUGAGGUGAAGUCAAACAGAUUAUCUUGGUGUGAUCCCGAGUUGUGCCCGAAUAGGAAACAGCAUAUUGCAUGUGGACAUGAUGGUCGAUUCACCGCCGCCUGCCCCGACGACGCCGUUAUGAUAGACUUGCGCUCCUACAAAAAAGAGAUCCUACACGAGCACAAUAAACGCCGUAACUUCGUAGCGCUCGGCCAGUUGCCAGGUUAUUAUCCCGCUUCGCGCAUGGCCACCAUGGUGUGGGAUGAAGAGCUCGCCUUUCUUGCGGCGCUCAACUUGAAAAUGUGUUAUGUUGAGCACGAUGAGUGCAACAACACGCCACGCUUUGCGAAUGUGGGACAAAAUCUCUCUGGCGUUGCUUACCAGCGGCAGGGAGUUACUAUAAGCGAAGUGAUAAGCCGUUCAAUGGGCUUGUGGUUUGGCGAAUAUCCCUUGAUUAAUAGUAAUUAUAUAACGAAAUUCCGCGUCUCGUACAAAUUCGAAGAAUAUGGUCACUUUGCGGAGUUCGUAGUUGAUCGCAAUACACACGUUGGUUGCGCCGUCAUUCGUUACACAAAUCCUUCAUUUCCUUUCUUCCACAUCUACAAUAUGGCCUGUAAUUAUGCGAGUAAAUACGCUAUAGGUGUUCCAGUUUAUAGUAUAGGUGAGCCGGCGUCGGAAUGUAAAACUGGUCGUAAUCGAAAUUACCCUGGUUUAUGUUCCACAAAGGAAAAAUACAAUCCAAACUAUCAAUAUUAAGCAACAAAAGCAAAAAUUGUGUAACAGAAAUAAAGACUGAAUUAUUAGUUAUUAUUUAUACAUUAUUUAAA